AUGAGUCUCGAAGUUUCAACCCUUGAAGAUCAGAUCAUCAACCAGAUUUCUACUGACGUCAUCACCAGUUCAACUAUUGCUGAAGAAACAGCCAAGGACGCAUUUCUUUCAAACCUUCAUGAAGAUCUCAUUUCUGGAAAACGACGUGAUCCCGAAUACAGCACUUCCAAUGGCAUCAUUUUCAAGAAUCAACGAGUUUUUAUACCUGAAGCCCUUCAAAAAAGAGUUCUCUUGGAACUGCAUCGAACACAUGUGGGCAUCGUAAAAAUGAAACAGUUGGCAAGACGCCACUGCUUCUGGAAAAACAUCGACAAAGACAUAGAAGCUAUGGUAAAAAACUGCCAGGAAUGCGCACUAUCCCAGAAAAGUCCAGCUAAAGUUCCUCUCCAUCAUUGGGACGAUCCGCAGCAUAAUUUUGAACGCGUUCAUAUUGAUUAUGCUGGGCCGUUUUUGAAUCACCAUUUUCUUGUCCUUGUCGAUUCCAAGUCAAAGUGGGCUGAAAUUCGCAUCAUUAAAGACGCCCAGACGACUGCAACUACCAUAGAGCUGCUAUUGGACAUUUUUUGCACUCAUGGAUUCCCUGAAAUCAUGGUAUCAGAUAAUGCGACUAUUUUUCACAGUGACAUAUUCAAAACCUUCUGUCUGAACAAUGCCAUUUUGCAAAAGUUUAUAGCGCCAGGUCAUCCUGCAACUAACGGGUUGGCCGAACGUUAUAUACAAACCUUGAAACCAAAACUGAAGUGUAUGACCGAACCAGGUUCUAUUCAACACAAGGUACGCGAAAUAUUAUUCAGAUACAGAGCCACUCCUCUCCAGAAUGGCAAAACUCCAGCCGAAUUGUAUUUGAAUAGAAACAUUAGGUGCCAGCUCGACGUCUUCAAGCCUCCUACUUCAAAAAUCCAAAAACGAGUACAAUUCGACCUGCCACCAUCGCGACAAUUCAAAAUUGGGGACAAGGUAUUAGCAAGAUGGUAUUCGAAUAACAAGAAUACUUGGAAAUUUGGUUCGAUCAUCCAAAAAUUCGGACAUCUCCACUACCAAGUUGAACUUAAUAAUGGUUACCGGCUCAAACGACACACGAACCAGUUGAGAAAAGCCAACGUCGAUAUAUACCCCAACCGUCAGCCGCCCUUGCAACCUCCACAAAUUACUUUAGAUUCGGAAUCACCUGAAAUCAACCACCACUACGAAAAACUGGCGUCCCUGCUCCUACCAGCCAAUCCUCGAUCGGAUGUUAUUCCUGAUGUCGAAGCUGAACCUUCAGAAGUUGGACAAUCUCCAACAGUGGAAUCCGUCCGGUGA